CAAGUUCUGAAAAUGGAUAAAAUAGCCAAAGACUUAUCAAUUGUAGCUAUAAUCAACUCGGGCUACAUGGUAAUUGUCCUGAUGUGGAUUAACGGUGCGGAAGAGAUCCCCAUUGUGGGGCUGCAUGAUGAGGUUCUUGGUUCGUAUCCGGCUGCGGGUCGUGGGCUCUCCUCCCCCAUUUGUCCUACAUCAUUCAAUGAAGUUAGAACAGUUAAUGACGAUGAAGCAAAUUACGGUCAAAAAAAAGGUGGUGCUUACGUAAAGAUUAGACAAUAUGAUGAUAAUGAAAUGAUUGCUGAAAUGAAUAAUAUUCAUCUAAUGAAUGCGAGUUCUGUGUCAAUUGUGUAUGGAUGUAUGGACCUCUUACAGCUUAAGUAA